AUGUUGGCUAAUGCCUCGAUAUCCUCCUCCCCCAGCCAUGACAACUACAACCACCGCCUCCUCUGCCUCUGCCUCCCUUACUCCAGCAACGGCACAUCCGGCCCGCGGCAGAGGACCAUGCUCCGCCUCCGCAUCCCCAGCGACACGCUCCCGACCGACGGCUCCCUCCUCGCCGGCUUCCACGCCUCACACCGCGCCUUCCUCCGCGCGCACAAGCACCACCGUCGUGGCUCCAACAACGUCGCCGGCGUCAUGGGCGACCUCCCCAGCCUCCUUGGCCUGCGCCAGCGCCGACGCAUCCGCACCUACGUCGUCGUCGGGAACAGCGACAUCCUCCUAGGUGCCGGCCGCGGCCCUCAGAUCAACGCGCACGACUUCAUCAUCCACCUUAACAACGCCCCCAUCAUGGGCUUCACGCGCGACAUCGGCGCCAGGACCUCGCUCACCCUGGCGCACUCAUUCGUGCUCCACCGCUGUGCCACGGCCACGGCGGCCACCACCCCGCGCCUACCACCCCAACGGCCGCGCGGCGCUGCUGGCGAUGCGGUGGUGGUCGCGCUCGGGGUGUGCGAGCGGGUGUCCAUGUUUGGGUUCGGGAAGGCGGCGGGGGUAAGGCACCAUUACCACACCAACCGGAGCAAGGAGACGGAGGUGUAUGACUACGAGGCUGAGUACCAGUUCUACGGUGACCUCCAGGCGUGGCCGGAAGCGGUGCCUUUCCUCGGCGAGGCGUCGCACUUUGUGUUGCCGCCGGUGAAGCUCUACUGGUGA